AUGAAUCCUGGAAGUGUGUUUGAAUUAGAUGUGGAUGAAAGUAGUGGGUGUUUUCGAAGGUUGUUUGUGGCAUUUCAUGGAUGUUUGAAUGGCUUUCAAUUUUGUCAUCCAUUGUUGUUUGUUGAUAGUACAUUUUUGAAGGGGCGUUACAAGGGGCAUUUGCUUGCAGCAACAUCAAAGGAUGGUAAUCAAGUUAAAUGUGCUUAUGCGCCAACUGUUGCUUCUUUCCAACAUUAUAUGGAGAAAUUGAGGCGUAUUAAUGGGAAUGGUAGAGUUAAUAGUAUGUUGGAUGGUUUGCAAAAUGAUAAGUGGGCCAAUGCAUUUUUUAGAGGGAAACGAUAUGGUGAGAUGUCAUCUAAUGCUGCCGAGUCUUACAAUAAUUGGAUUGGUGGGGCCCUUAUGGAAAAGAAGUUGGUGGACUCUUUGAAGCUAACUAAGUCUUGGGAUGUGAUUGUUGCUAGUGAUACUGUGCUUGAGGUUCAUUCUUCUAUUUCUUUUUAUGUUGAUAUUGGUAGAAGGACUUGUUCUUGCCAUGAAUGGCAAUUGAAUGGUUUUCCUUGUUGUCAUGUUGUGCAUGCUUUGUGUAGUAGUGGUAGAGAUAUGUACGAUUUCAUUGAUCAUUUUUUUCAUGUGGAUUGUUUUAGAGAGACGUACAAGGAAUCUUUUUAUCUAGUGCCUUCAAGUGAGAGAUUUGACUUUGAUGGUGCCGGUAGUUCGAUUAUCAAACCUCCUAUAACGAAGAAGCAGCCCGGACGGAACAAGAAGAAGAUGAUACCUUCUAAGGGUGAGAAUGUGAAGCAAAUCAAGUGUGAGAGGUGCUUGAAAUAUGGGAAUUACAAGAAGAAGACGUGCAAGGCUGCUAUUUGA